GAAACGUGUGCAUUUUGCAUUGUGAGUGGAUCGAGUCGAGAAUCGGAGAUUUUGGAAGCCCGCCUCUUCGAGGAAUUCCAGCCAGCCAACAAAGAAUCAGAAUCAAGAGGAGCUACAUCCGAAAAGCCCAAGAAAAAAGCCGAAGUGUUGUGAACUGCGGAUCCAAAUCCACAUCCAAAUAGUGAAGAGCGACUAGCGAUCCGCCAAUCUGCAAGAUCCCAGCCAGAGCCCGGAGCCCAAUCCAUCCAAGCCGAGUGCAGCCAUGACGGACGUAUCGCAUGAACUGGGCGCCCUGCGCUUCGUGGUGGACUCGCCGCUGUCCUCCAAGGUGGCCAUGUUCAACAACCAGGCCACGCAGCACAAGCAGUCGCAGCUGCUGAAUCCAUUUUCCCAGGACGGACGCGCCGCCUCGCCAAAACCCACUUUCUCGAAGGAUCAGUAUGGAAAACCACUGGCCGGCAGCCUCACAGAGAUGCGUGGCCAGAAGGCCAACAUCCACGUGAUGAAGGAGAUGCUGGAGCUGUGCCAGAUCAUCAAUUCGGAGGGCUACGACGUCAAGGACGAGCCCACUAUGCGCGUGAUCCCUUUCGGCGAACUCUUCAAUAUCUACAACUACAUAUCCGACAAGGUGGUGGGCAUCCUGCUGCGAGCCCGCAAACACAAGUUGGUAGACUUCGAGGGCGAGAUGUUGUACCAGCGGCGGGACGAUGAUGUGCCCGUCUUUCUGUUGAAGCCCAUCAAGGAAAUACGCAGCGAGAUGGAGGCCAAGAUUGAAGACAUCAAGAGGGCGGCCAGUCCGGCGCCUCCGCAGUCCACCUCGGUGCUGAUGGAUCGCAGUGCUCACGAGCAGAAACUUAAGUCGAGAACUCCCUCGCCGGCCGUGAGUAAGUCCGCCAAGUCCAAGUCAGCGUCGCCGGCACCCAAGUGCCCGGCACCUGUUCCCACUCAAGCUGCAGAAGUCACGCCUGUGGCAGCGCCCACAACUACUGCCGCACCUGCUCCUGUGGCACAGCCCACUCCGGCAGCAGUUCCUGCUCCGACUACAGAGCCCACACCGGCAACAGCUCCUGCACCUGUGGAAGCUCCUGCUUCCAGUACCGUGGAGAGCGAGCCAGCUAAGCCAGAGGUGCCCGAACCAGCGCCCGUGGCUGUGAUAGUCACAGAAGCACCAUCCACAGAAGAAACCGCACCAACCAUCAGCGAUCAGCAGGCGGAGGAGGCAGCCGCUGCAGUUGCACCGGCAGCACCGGCAGUACCUGCUGAUGACUUGCCCACAAUUGUGAUCGAAGCCACCGCCGAGUUUGUGCGCACCGUCAGCGUGGAGCAGUUGGCGCCCAGUCCCGCAACAGACAGCGAGUCCACGCCAGACCAAUUCCAAUCCCAACCAGAGUCGACGCCCGCUUAAGGCGGGAAAGGGGAUUUGAUAGCUGGAAAGGAGUAAACAUCCAUUUGAAUCGUUUAAAAGGAACUCUCGCAACUACUAAAGCGGCAGCUUUAAAUUGCAGUAGUUUAGUUUACGGCGUACUUAGUUUAAUUUACAAUUAGAGCAACACAACACUGAAGACAGAAACGAGAGUAACUUUUUAUUUAUUAUGAUUACUUGUAUAUUAUUAACGGACGACCAAAGGAGCCAGUUUCCUCAAUUUGUUAACCAUUACUCUAUGGAAAUGAACCAAGGUUUUUCGCUCACAAAGUUGGGAACGUGCAAAGCAAUAUAAUACUAAUAAAAUAAAUACACGUACAUAAACACAAUAUAA